AUGCGGCUUAGGCUCGGCGGGCCGNNNNAGAAGCUUGGUAUCCCGAUUGAUGCUCCUCCCCAGUUGGUGCGGUCAGCAUAUCGAAGAUUGGCCCUAAAGCUACAUCCCGAUAAGAACUUUACUUUAGAUGCUGCGCAUCAAUUCCAACAGGAUAGGCGCAUGCUCGAAUAG